UUAACCUCACCCAUAUCGACUGGGCGACACUGUCAGGUACAGAAGGCGAGUCACAUAGAAUGAUCGAAUUUCUAGAAGAAAAUUAUCUAAGCCAAAUGGUUUCUGAGCCAACUCGACAAAAUAAUGUACUCGACCUUGUUAUAACGACCCAAGAUAACCUAGUCAGUAAUGUCACGGUAGGAGAACACCUCGGUUCUUGCGAUCAUAAAUUAGUGCGCGUCGACAUUAGAGCUCAAUCAUCAGUGACUGAAAAUAAAGUAAAGGUGCCCAAUUUCAAAAGAGCUAACUUCGUAGAAAUCCGACAAAAACUAACAGAAAUACAACUAUCGGAUGACGGCAACGUAGAGGAAGCCUGGCUAAGCUUUAAAAAUCACUUACUCACUCAGCAGAACACAUUCGUCCCCUUGUGCGAGAAGCGAAUUAACACUAAUAAAAGCCCACCUUGGUUUAAUAGCGAAAUUAAACAAUCAGUCAAUGAGAGAAAAUUGUUUUACAGGUUAAAGAAAGAACAAAGCACGCCCGAAAACAUUAGACUUUAUAAUGAUGCCAGGCGACGAGUAAAAAGACUAGUAGGUCAGGCAAAGCGUAGAUAUGAAGAAAAUAUUGCAGCCUACUGUAAAAAUAAUCCGAAAUCUUUCUUCAGGUACGUAAACAACAGAAAGGCGAUCAAAAGUGGUAUUGGACCUUUAACAAACAGGGACGGUGCACUAGUGACUGACAGCCAACACAUUGCAAACCUCUUAAACAAUUACUUUUCCUCGGUGUUUAAUACUAAGUCUUCCUCUCGCUACCACCAACACCAGUACUAUUGUAAAUCUCGAGCAUGCAUUGCCUAAUUUUGAAAUAACAACCGAUGAAGUCCUUAAAGCUCUCCAUUCACUUAAAACAAAUAAAAGUCCCGGACCCGACAAAGUAUAUCCCAUACUGCUUAAAGAAACAAAGAGCGAAAUACUCUCCUCCCUCACUACCGUAUUCAAUAUGUCCUUGCGACAAGGCAUCGUCCCUUCGGAUUGGAAAAAGGCUGACGUGACACCGAUUUUUCAGAAAGGAGACAAAAAAUACCAGGUAACUACCGACCCAUUAGUCUAACUUCAAUUGUAGGUAAGCUACUCGAGAGCAUAAUUAGACAAAAUUGUGAGUUACCUCGAAAGCCACUCAUUAAUUGGGGAUUCACAACAUGGCUUCCGUAACAAAAGAUCCUGCCUGUCAAACCUACUGACCUUUUAUAACGAUCUCUUCUCAAUUUAUGACGUAACCAAAUCAGUGGACGUAGUCUAUCUUGAUUUCCAGAAAGCGUUUGAUAAAGUCCCACAUCAUAAAUUACUUUAUAAAUUAAAGCAAAUAGGCACUGACGGUCAAGUAAACCAAUGGAUCGCGAAUUGGUGGCGGUGGCCGAAGUGAUAGCGUACUGGACCCACAUUCGCCGCGUGAUGGACGACGCGGGUUCGAAUCCUCACGCUACCACUCGGAUUUUUCAGUCACCGCCGAGUGGCUUAAAACUACCCACAUGCUGUCCUGAAGACCACCCAUCAACCCGGACUCUAGAGGAAGCCGUCCAAGCGAAUCAAGAACGAGUUCCGGGGGGCAGCAUGAGCCAAUGCAAGAUGGCGCCACUAUAAACACUCGCCUGCGCCAGAACGGGCUGGGCCGACCAUCAGGCCCCACCUGGAAGAAGCCUUGGGCCGACCAUCAGGCCCCACCGGGAAGAUGCCUACCGGCGCAAUAGGCAACAACGCUAAAAAAAAAAAAAAAAAAAAAACAGACAACAAAGAGUUGUGAUUGACGGAUUUAACUCAGAGUGGGCGCCGGUCACUAGUGGCGUCCCUCAGGGCUCGGUUCUUGGCCCAGUGCUCUUCAUUAUUUACAUCAACGACGUGGAUGUUGGACUCAAUAAUCGCAUUAGUAAAUAUGCAGACGACACAAAGAUUGGUAACUCGACUCUCACUGACGAAGACAGGCAAAGCCUCCAAGAGGAUUUGCACAAAAUUUCAGCUUGGUCGGAUAAAUGGGAGAUGCCCUGUAACGUAGACAAGUGCCUGGUCCUUCAAGUUGGAACAAAAAAUAAGAAGUUUGAUUACGAAAUACGCGGCGUUAAACUCAAAAGCGUUCAAUGCGUUAAGGACCUGGGGAUUAAAAUCGCGUCUAACCUCAAAUUCUCACAUCAGUGCAUCGAUGCAGCCGAACAGAAUGUUGGGCUUCAUUAAAAGAAACUUUUUAUUCAAGAAUAAAAAUGUAAUACUUCCGCUCUACAAUAGUUUAGUCAGACCCCACUUGGAAUAUGCGGUACAGUUUUGGUCUCCCCACCAUGCAAAGGACAUUGCUAAACUAGAAGGUGUUCAGCGUCGAGCAACAAAAAUGAUCCCUUCCUUGCGCAACAAAUCCUACGAAGAAAAGCUUUCCACCCUUAACAUGUUCUCAGGGCCGGCCCGACGCAUAAGCGAAGUAAGCGGUGGCUUAGGGCCCCGAGGCCACAAGGGGGCCCCCAAGAGCAAUAAAAAAUAUAUUGUAGCCUAUUUGUUAUUUUUCGCCCAUGUAUAAAUAGUGAUUUCUAUAUGAUCAAAGAUAUAUUAUUGUACAAAGAGACAAUUUCAAUAGAGUGCUGGUGGUGGCACCACCCUCUAAUAUUCUUCCAUGGGACCCAAACAACCAGUGUGCAAAGUUUGUUGCUUUAAUCCAGCGUGUCACUUUUUUUUUCGCUAAGCCACCGCCCACCGGACUAUAAGGCUUCGCUGCACCGGCGCUUCCUGCCCAGAAAAACAACAACAAACACGUGCAACUGACGGUUCCCGACAUGCAGUGUGCCCUGCGCAUCCUUAACAUAGGUUGUUAGGCUAACGAUGUCACAAAAAAGGACAUAUCCCUCAGGGGCAGAGAAAAGAAAAAGGAAGAAAGAGGAAGAGGAGAAAAAAUGUCGAGAUAAAGGAGCACUGUUAAAGUAUUUUGGAGGCACAGAAGCAGCCCAGUGGCAGUCAGCAUCCUCAGGCUCAACUGUAUGCAAUCCAUCAGAGCUUGCACCCCCAUCUUGUGUGCCCAAUGUCCCCUCCGUGUCUGCAACCACGGAUGAUCUACCUGGUCCAUCUACAUCCUCUACAGAGCUCACACCCCCAUCUUGUGUGCCCACUGUCCCCUCUGUGUCUGCAACUACAGACGAUCUACCUGGUCCAUCUACAUCCUCUACAGAGCUCACACCCCAGCUUGUGUGCCCACUGUCCCCUCUGUGUCUGCAACUACAGAUGAUCUACCUGCAACCUCCACCACAACGUCCACUUCUCACCACGGAUCAUCAUCAGCUCCACCAGUGGACCCAGCUGAGUGGCCUUCUUUUCUGUCAGAUUCAGACCGGACUGAGCAGUGCAGAGUGGCACUGGGAAAUCUCUCCCGCAUCCAGGGUCAGCGAAACCCGAGGAAGCAUGGGGACCCAGAAGAACCUCGUCAACCCCACCAGGAAUAUCUGGGACGACCUGGGCUCCCUGCAGAAGGUGUGGAAAAGGGGCUGGAAAGGCCCUACCACGCAACCCCGGAUGCCAGGAGGAGGUGGGAGGUACACACCUGACACCCUACCAGGAUGCCGGGUCCUGAUGAGACCCCAAGGCACUCGUGCCUAUAUUAUGGAAUAAUGUAGUACAUAUGGUUGGCCGCGAUUGAAAACCAAUUUUUUUGUGACCCUUAAAUAAUCUAGUAAUGUAUUUUUUUUAUGUUUAGUAGGAUGUUUUAUAUAAGAUGUAACUAUGUUUUAUUUGGAGUGUGUAGAAAUGUGAUUGUUUUUAGACAUGUUACCCAUGGGUUAGAGACUUUGAGAAAGGGAUUUCAGUCUCAGGAAGGAGGGAGCCGUGUAACGGUCCGAAUGUGAGUGAACGAGAAUGUGAGUAAGUCAGUGAGUAACAGUGAGUAAGUGUAAGCGAAUGUGAAUGAACGAGAGAAUGUGAGUAAGUCGGUGAGUGACAGAGUGAGUAAGUGUGAGCGAGUGGGAGCGUGAGUGAGUGAGAGUGAAUGAGUGAAAGAGUGAAUGGGUAGCUGAGGAAUGUAAGUGCGUAAAAGGUUAUGAGAAGAUAACACGGCGAGCGAAUGAGCGAAUAUAUGAACGAGUUACUGAAAUCCCUCAUCUCAAAGCCUCGAACCCCUCCAAGAAACCAAUAACUAGUUAGUUAGAUAGGUAGGGGUUUGAUUGUAAAAGAAUGUUCCGGAAGGGAGAGAGAGUCAGUAAUGCGGGGUUAAAAGAUCACGUGAUGGAGGAGAGAAGCUGAUGAGUAAGCGAGGAGGAGGAGGAAGAGACCAGAAGCGGGGUAGACUUGAGGAGGCAAGCACCACUGCAGAAAGCCAGAAGCUUGGAGGACGCACACACCGCCCACGGCCUGCUGUGUGAGGCGGGCUAGCAGGAGACGUGCAGCAGCCCUAACAAGGAAAGGCAGCGAGUUGGAGCUGGAGUUGAGAGCGGUGUCCACCUCUCCACUCAGCCCCCCCCCGAAAAACCACCCACGGCCUGCGGGGUGAGACGGACUACAGGAUGGGAACUUGUAUGGCGGGGUAACCUGCCCCUCGACUGUCCUGGGGGCCGAAAUACCACUGCCCCAAGCUGCUCCCUACAUCAAAGGGCGCCCGCCUCUUCAUACCACCCGAGUCGCUCCAUCUCUACAUCAAGCGGCGCCCGUCUGUCCAGCACCAGGACCGCCCAUUCCCAUCGUGGACGUCCUCUGCCGAGCCCGACACUCACGCCAGCUCCUCCUCCUCCGCAUCCAGCAACUACAGAGCUAAGCAUUCUGUGUAUUCCCCAAAUCUCCCUUGUGCCGGUAGUUAGCUAGUUUAGAGGCCUACAGCCUGUCGGUCAUUCAUUUUUUUUUUCAUAUUUUUAUUAGCACUCCGCUAACCUUUAAAGUAAACCAAAUACAUAUUUAUAUAUAACCUUACUGAGUGUUAUCAUUUGGAGCCUGUUUUGCUGCUCAUUGGAAAUUACUGAAUCAUACACACAUCCCCUCCAUAGUACAUUAUCACCAUCCAAUUUCUUAAUGCUGUCGCAAAAGUGGUUCCCACGGAGAUCCUCCCACCCUCCAUAAUUAACCACACAAGUAACGCCCUUCUGGUCACAAACUCCGGAACGAGUGUUCACUUGUCCUGAGGCCUUAACAUCCGGGACCAGCGCUCGACAACUACCACGCUACCACAUACCAUUCACUACCCUAGUGGUUGUCAUAAAAAGGGAUGUAGCUUUCAUUUUUAUUUAUUUAAUUUAAUAUUUUCUCUAUUGUCCACGCUACACUACUGAGCCCACAAUAAAGGUUGAGACACACUCACUUGCCGAAGAAAUUGCAUCCUUCAGAUUUCAAAUUUGCUGUGUGGUUUGGUACGACAUUCUCUCCCAGAUUAACACAACAAGCAAGCUACUCCAGUCGGUCAACAUGCAGCUAGAGGUUGCUGUAGGUAUCAUUAAAAAAAAUAAAGCAAAUUUAAUCCGUUACAGAGCAACUGGUUUUAAAGAUGCACAGACCUCAGCAAGAGAGAAAUGUGAGGAAAUGAACACUGAAGCUGUGCUGAAACAGAAGAGACUGCGAACUACAAAAAGGCACUUUGCCUAUGAGUCGCCUGAUGAGCCUGAAACUGAUCCAAUGAAGAGGCUGGAAGUCUCUUUUUUUAAUGCUGUGGUAGACUGUACCAUCCAGUCUUUGGAGGACCGCUUUCAGUCCCUAGGUGAGGUCAGGAGCAUUUUUGGAGUGCUUUCUAACUUUGGGCAGCUUGAUGCACAGACAAGGAAGAACCAGUGUCAGCUUCUCAGCGACAAACUAACUUUCGGAGAACAGUCAGAUAUUGAUGGGAGUGCACUGGCUACAGAGCUGGAGAACCUUCCAGAACUUCCUGAAGCGCAGAUGACCCCAUUUGAACUGCUGACUUACCUCUCUCAAAACGAGAUCUGUGAGUUGUACCCAAAUCUUUGGGUAGCUCUGAGGAUAGCCUGCACUCUCCCUGUGACGGUUGCAUCUGCGGAGGAGCUUUUCCAAGCUCAAAUUGAUAAAGAAUUACUUGAGAUCUUCCAUGGCACAAGAAAGGCUUAGUGGACUGGCAGUGAUAAGUAUCAACAGCAAAGUUAGCCAUCAGAUUUCUUAUUCAGAUGUCAUAAAUUACUUUGCCUCUAGAAAAGCCAGGAAGCAUAGGUUUUAAGACUGGGUGAAAUAAACCAUUUGUGUUACUUUGUUUUAGGUACAGUACAGUAGCUCUGUUCAUUUAUAUCAUUAAAUAUUUGUGUGGUAUUUAUUCAUUAUUUUAUUUUAUUCUUUAUGUCUUUGUACAAUUGAAUUUAUAAUUAUUUUUGUGAGCUAAUAAAGCUGAAAUUUGGAAGUGUUAUUUGUUUUUAUUGAUCUUGCAUUACAAUUUAUUGUUCCACAUUGCCGUUGCACUUUUUUUAAACCAAAUUAAACAUGACACAUUUACAGUAAGAACAUUGUCUACCUGUUUAUUUACUUAGGGGGCCCCCAAAUACAAUUUCGCUUAGAGCCCCAUGGAGGCUUGGGCCGGCCCUGCAUGUUCUCUCUUG